UUCGUUGUAUGGACGAUACACGCUGAUUCAAUGUACGCACGUAUUGUCUAUAGUGUACUAACGGUUACGGUUACAUUGACCAACGGUCUUUACAAUGCUGCCAGGUUCAAACCUGCGGUACAGAGUUCUACUGUGCUUUCUGCUAACGCUUACUUAGCUUUUGAUGGAAACAGCAAUGGUAACUUCAACAGUGGCUCUUGUCAACACACAGACGAUGAAUAUAUCCCGUGGGUGAUGGUGGACUUACUUGGUCAGUUCAAAGUGGAGAUGAUAAAACUGACAAACAGACAAGAUGUAGAAUCUAGAUUGAGCAACUUUGACAUCGAUGUUUUUGAUCAUGACCCACGCCAAGAAGCAAACUUUCCCAAUAUAUCUGGACAAGUUUGCUAUAACCAAUCCAAUUUUCUGGGUCUAGGCACUUACAAUUUGACUUGCUCUGUUCCGAUAGUAGGAAGAUAUGUGCGCCUUGUUAUGAGAAUUGCACCGCCCAUAUGUAUACAUAUAUGUGAGAUGGAGGUACAAGUCAGCAGCUCAACUUAUACAGAAAUGAGUUUUAGCAGACAAGAGAACACCCAAUUUGUUGGCACGCCAUUGACCCAGAUGACCACUGGCAAUACUUUUCUCUGUGUUAAUGAAUGUCUGGUCCGUCGAUUCUCUAUCUACUGUACGGCUGUUAACUACGUCACAUCGACAGGGGCGUGUCAGUUGUUUAGUUUCAACCCUUUUAAAUCUUUUUCUUCAAACUUAAAACCUGCUAUCGGGAUAUAUUUUUUUGUUCAAAACAAUGUUUAAAUAUUCUGUUUAUUAAUUAAAUCUUUAUCACUUAUACGCAUGCAAAUGGAUUUGAAAUAUAACAAACUAAAUACAAUUGGACAGCAUUACUACAGUUUGAAAGAAAAAACAACUCUGUUCACAACGUAGGCCACUGUUAACAUAUUUAUACAUAUUUAUUUUUCCUUUGUCCGUAAUGGAUCAAGCAUAAAAAAAAUAGGAAACGCCUUUUUCCCCACCUUACCUUACUUCUGAUGUCUCUGAUUAAAGUCAUUUCAUAUGUUUAAAUAUCAACAAGAUUUGCUCCAUCUCUAUCUCUCUCUUUCUUUCUCUCUCUCUCUCUCUCAUUCUCUCUCUCUCUCUCUCUAUCUAUCUAUCGCUUUUUCUCUCGCUCUCUUUAUUCCUCUUUUUUUCUCUCUUUUUGCAUGCCAGCUCUCUCUCUUUCUUUCUCUCUCUCUCUCCUCUCUAUCUCAUUUCGUUCUGUUUCUCUCGAGUGAGCGAUCUGUAUCUCUAACUCACUCUCUCUCUCUCUCUCUCUCUCUCUCUCUUUGUAUAUCUUUCACUCUUUCCCUUUAAAUUUAGUCAAAAUAAUUGACUCAAGAGGAUUAAAUACUUCUAUACUAUUAAUAAUAAUAAAAAUAAUAAGGCUUGUACUAUACUAUUAAUAUAAAAAAAUAAGGCUUGUACUAUACUAUUAAUAUAAAACAAUAAGGCUUGUGCUAUACUAUUAAUAAACAAGAUUACAAAGAGAGUUUGUGUUACACAAACUCAGAGGCGGCCCCCGUCGAAGUCGGAUCCCUGUCGGAUCUGCAUAUUCGCAAUUAAUAUUCAAGAGGUGAUUUAAUUUUGAUGUAAAAUGUUUUACAUGUUUCGGAUGUUCCUUCAGCGUUGAAGAUAAUUACUUCCUAGUCCAAACCUCCCGCAGGACGACGGGGGAUAGAAGCGGGCAGGGUUUGAACCCUGGACCAUCCAUAAAUCUGAACGACAGUCCAGCGCGCAAAUCGCACGACCAGGCAGCCAUCCGAUGGUCAAAAGUAAUAAUGUUUCAAAGAUUCAUUUGCCGUAAAUUUAAAUAUAAAUUAAAUAAAAAAUAGAAGAUUAGUUUUAGUAUAUUAAAACAUUACAAUAUUGAUCAAAACGUUUGGAAAUGAAAAUCUACACUUUUUUUACACUUUAAGUUUAGAAAUUGAAAUUCUACAUCUUAAUCUAGUCUAUUUUAGUCUAAACUAGAUCUAGGAAUUCUAGAUGUAGAUUUUAAUUAGAAUAUAAAUCCAGAUCUAGAUAUACUGUAAUAAAAAUCUAGAUCUAGUUUAAAAAAUCUAGAUUAGAUCCAAAUCAAGAUAUCAUUCCUUUUUUUAAACGCGAGUCACAUAACGAGGCUUAAUAAACAUUACUAUACCGAGUUUUUUUGUCAUUUCAUAUGAAGAAUUAAUUCCAUAUAACGUCAGAGGAAAAAAACAACACUACGUCACACGGCCUAGCUAGACUAAAAAUCGCCUUCAUUGAUACGAGCCAUUUAUCGAGUGUUCACAGACUUUGGUGCACCGAGUGCGUUCUUUAAGCAUUUCAUUUAAAGAAUCCAUUCCAUAUGACGUCAAAGGAAAAAAAAACACUACGUCACACGGCUUAGUUAGACUAAAAUAUGUUUUAAUUAAUACAAGCAAUUUUUCGAGGGUUAAAAGACAUUGGUGCACCGAGUGCGUUCUUUUAACAUUACAUUUAAAGAGUCCAUUCAUAUGACGUCAAAGAAAAAAAAUUCCAUUACCUCACAAUAGGCUAGUACCGGUACCAUAAAAAAUGUCUUUAUUUACACGAGAUAUUUAACGAGGGUUCAUAGACAUUGGUGCACUGAGUUCUAAUAGAAUUUAUUUAAAAAGGAUCAAAGCCGCAUUGUUUUUGCGUUUUGUCUGUCAGUCGGACUGUCCGUCAUCUUGAUAUAAAAAAAACAACAACUAAAAGUUAUUAAAAAUUGAUUAACCUUUAUUCUACGUUUCAAAACAUCGCAAUAAUUUUUAGGCAUGAACACAAUUGAAAAGAACUUCAGAUAAAUGAAAUACCGUUAAGUAAAUUUUUUGGAUGGUCUAGUAUAAAAAUUAGAUGUACUACAGCCAUGUGGAGAGAUUUUCAUACCUUACUUUGGUGUAUGGAUUCUGUUUUCCUUAAAAAUCAAAACAUAAUAUUAACAAUAAUUAGAUUUUUUAAUGUUUUAGGUAGAAAGUUAAAUGUACUGUAAGAGAGUAGUGAGUUAAAAUAUUUUUCAUAAAAAUCCGUAAAAACAUUAUUUCGUAAAUGAGAAGAUUAUUUGUUUAUUAAUUAGAAGAGGGAGUUCAAACAAUUAUUUGGCGUUAGUAGAUUUUUAAAUAAAUUCGGAAAUUUCUGGCGACGAUUUGUAAGAAACAAAAUCCGGAACUUUCUUUAUCGAUUACAAAACUUCUAUGUUAUGUUUUAGCAAAAAAAUUAAAUGUCUAAAAAGUAAUUUUCAGUAAUCAAUUCUAGUAAAUUACUUUUUUUUAAAGCCCUGAACAACCUAUUGUCGAUAUUUUUAAAAUUUGUUUAAAGAUGAAAAUACGGAACAAUUUGAUAUUGAUAACCAAAUUAUAGUGACGCAUUGUCAAAUAAUAUAAGUGUAAUAUUAGUAAAUUAUGCGAUUUCAAACAAUCAUUAGGCAUAAUUCAUGUUUUAUAAAACAAUAUCCGGAACAUUUUUACACUUAAUGAAAUAUAAGUCAGUAUAGAGAUUUUGAUUUAGCAUUAAUAUGCUAUUUACAUAAAACAACAUAUUAUUGAUAAUGUGUUUUUGCAACGUUUAAGCAUGGAAAUUGAAUGUAAUAUAAAUUAGAAGAGCAAACAAACAUUUGUUGGGGUUGAUUAGUUUUGCACAAAAAAAAUCCGGAACAAUCAAAUUUUAGAUACUUAAAACUAUUGAGAUGUUACGGGAGGAACAUUAAAGUGUAAAUCAGAUUUUCAAUAGCUUUUAGAGUUCUAGUUUUUUUAAUCUAAUCGUGACGGACAGACCGACCAACAGACAAAACGCACAAAAAUAAUCUUCUUUUAUUCGGAUGGGGGCACUAAACAAAAAAUAAAUAAAAUCUGAUUUUUUAAUAAAGUUUAAGGAAUUGGUUUGUUUGUUUUACAUGUUUCGGAUGUUCCUUCAGAGUUGAAGAUAGUUUACUUCCUAGUCCAAACCUCCCGCAGGACGACGGGGGAUGGGAGCGGGCAGGGUUUGAACCCUCGACCGUCGAUAAAUCCGAACGACAGUCCAGCGCACAAACCGCACGACCAGGCAGCCAUCCUGGUCAUGUAGCGACGUUACGCUACUGCACGAAAAUCGCUGCAUAAAAAGUCCAUUAAAAAAAUGUGCGUGAUAGUUACAUACAAAAUGCAUUAUUAGCCUUUAUAAACAAAUAGAAAUGUUUUCUUUUAAUUUUAGCAGCUAGUUGACCAGAAAAAACAUCUUUAAUAACUAUUAUUUAUAUUUGUUGUAAACAUUUCCUGUACAUUUUAAAAAUAUAUUUGACUUAGUGAUACUGAAAAUACACAACAAUUGUCCAUAUUUGUUAGCAUAUUGUAACAUUGCCUCCCUUACAUUUACGUAAUUGUUUUAGAAUUGGUGUAUUUUUAUGAAAAAAUCGCUUGCAUAAUUAAUUUUAUACAUUAAACGGUUUGCUUUUAGAAAACCAAAAGUAGCCGUUGCACCUAAACUUUUCAAGCCGCAUUUAAUGAUGAAAUAAUAUUUUUCAUAUCUCUUCUAGUUUUCGAGAUCUGAGUGUGACAGACGGACAGACGGACAGACGGACAUUUUGCACAAACCUAAUAGCGGCUUUUUCCCCUUACGGGGGCCGCUAAAAAUAAUAAGGCUUGUACUAUACUAUUAAUAAAAAAAUAAUAAGGCUUGUACUAUACUAUUAAUAAAAAAUAAUAAGGUUUGUACUAUACUAUUAAUAUAAAAUAAUAAGGCUUGUACUAUACCAGGGGUGGGCAAAUUACGUCCCGCGGGCUACAUGCGGCCCGCCGAAGUGUUUUAUGCGGCCCGCCGACGCUUAAAGAAAUCAGGUGUUAUCACACAUUACACAUAUAAAAAUGCAAAUAUAUUUAUAUAAAUAAUUGUAAAUAUCUAUAGAUCUAGAAAUAAUUGAAACUUCUAAUUCUUAUCACUUAUCAUGAAGGGCUAAAGAAACAUUGUCUUUAAUCGUCAUUUUAAAAAGUUUAAAGUAAACGAAGAUUAUUCUUAAUUGCAAUAUUUCGAAACAUUCAGUCAAAGACAAACGCAAGUCAGUAUUUAUUCAAUUCUAUCAAAAACUGUGUUGAAAGUGUUGGGUCGGCUUGUACGAAAUGGCAAGUGUAACAAUUAAUGGAGCUCGUGCAUUGACAAAGAAAAACAGGCUUUUUAAUAAAAUAAAGCAUUGAAAAUCAAAUAUAUUGUUAGAAUUGAUUUCUCGAUGAUCUUAUUAUUGGCACAGAGCCAGCCUUAGGCAUAGACAAAGUGCUUAGGGUCACCAAUUGGUGAGGGCCUUGCACUGAUAUCCUUCUUAUUAUUUUAGAAAAGAAAUAGCUAAACUUGUCCUCAAUGUUAUUGUUGAAGUACAAUAGGUUUUCAAUAAAUUUAAUAAUUUUACUGUUGUCACUUUUUUACAUAUUUUUUUUUUAUUUGAGGCCACCAAAUUCACUUUGCCAAGGGGCCUUCAAUUAUCUGCCGGUCAUGACUGGCAGUUCCGAGAAAUACUUGAAGAUUUGGAAACAAAACAUUCCGAUGUUCGGUUACACAGUAGUAUCCUCUGGCCUAGAAGAAUAUGGAAUCUCAAGGAAGAAAUAGUUAGGUUCAUCGAAGGACAUUGAUUGUGACUUUGUUGCUAAUAUUUCUAAGAGUUGAAGACAGACUUCAUGUUUAUCAUUGGAGAAAUUGCAAUGUUUUGUUUGCAAAUGAAAUGUAUCUGCAUCUUAAAUCUUUUCAAAGUUAUUCCAAUUC